GCUAAGAGCAAAGCGAGCGAUGAAAUUCCUCCGAGCCGUUUGUGUCCUGCUCUUCCUGCCCGAUUUAUGCCUGAACACCAGCUAUGAAGCACUGGAAAAGAAACUGAAGGAGGCAUUCACGGAAAGAACAGGAGUUUUGCGUCAGUUGUCAAAAACAUCGAAGGAGCUGGACAGCAUAAAGGGCAACCUACAGUCAAUGAAGAAUGGUGACUCAGUACCCAAAAAAGAUGUACAGAGGAUUCUGGAGCUCAGCCACAAGCAAAGGGAAGAGAUGAGAUCACUCCAGGUGGCUCUUCAGAAGCAACUGGACGAGUCGGCUGAAAAAGCAGAGAAACAGCAAGCCACGAUCAAGUUUUUAAAGAUGGAGAUGGAGAAAAAGACCAAAAUCAUCAAAGACCUACAGCAGGAGAAUAAAAGCUUAAAGAAUAAACUCCUCUCUGGGAAUAAACUUUGUGAUAUACAUGCUGAAGAGUCUAAAAGAAUCCAGGCGCAGCUGAAAGAGCUGAGGUACGGCAAAAAGGAUUUAAUUUUCAAGGGUCAGCAGCUCAUGGACCUGGAGAACAAGCUGAGAGUUGCCAAGGAGGAACUAGAGAAAGCAGCUCUUGACAAGGAGUCCCAGCUGAGGGCAUUGAAGGACACUGUCCAUAUCUGCUUCUCAUCUGUCCUACACAGCCCCGCGGUAGAUUUACACAGACUGCCAGCCACACCCACCCACUUGAUGAGAUACUCGCCCUUCAUCAAUAACUCACGAGUCACCUUCAGGGAGCCUCACGUAAAGGACAUUCCAAAAGCUCCCAGAAUCACGACAAGUAAAUUGCAGCCAAACACAGAGGUAAUGAGGAGAGACGGUGUUGGAGUCAAGGCCUGCCAGUUGGUAAAGGAUGGUGCAGACUGUUUUCCAAAUCAAACUGAGAGAACAUCAGUCAAGGAAUCAGAAAAAUCUGGUCAUGAUCAGCCGGUAGUUGCGGAACACACCAACCAGACAUCAGCAGUGGUCAGCAAGAAGACAGAGGGAGGAGAAAAUACACAACUGGACAAACACAACUAAGACACAAUGACACAGUACAGCUGGAACUACACAAAACAGCUGUGAUACACAACUAAAAGACUUGCUCAAUUUUCCUAGUGGUAGAACAUUACAUGAGUUUUUCAGCCCCUUCACACACACACACACACACACUGUAAGUAUCACUGCUAUUGUAGAAAAGGAAUUCCCUGUCCAAGUUUUUUAAACUGAAAUUCAACAGCAUAGUGUGAUGGCAUGCAUUAUAGACUCUUAGGGUUUUAUUUGGAAUCUUUUUUAAUAGUACUUGUCUUUUCUUUAAUAAUACCUGUUCUUUUCCUUGUUAUCUGUUGGAUUUCUCUGAUAUUGUGGACAUGCAUUCCUUUGAUUUUUGAUGUUUGUAGUUUAGAACCAUUUGGGGACUGGCACCGUAAGACCCGAGACAUUUACAAAGACUCAGUACAGGAGCUUCUAGCUCGUCGCCACACAGCACCGAAAGUCCAUAGAAGAAGCAGGAAUGUGAAGAAAAAAUGUAAACAUUGAUCCUGAUUCAAAUUGCCUUGUAUUCAAAAUGAAUAAUAUUUCAAAAUUUAAGCAAGAACAUGUGACCAGCUAAAUAUAAAGAUCUGGCUCAUUUCGGAAUAUUGCAGUUCAUUUGAUUUCCUGUUUCCAUAUUGUGAAAUCUCAGCAAAUCGAGUUGGCUGGCCAACUUUUCACCACUGAUCACUUGGAAGCUUUCGGUGCCAGAAUUUCAAGAGAAAAACCAGACUCACAGUGAGUCGUCUCCCUGAGAAUGAUGUGCCAUGCACUGAGGACUUAAUCUACUGCUACAUGUCUCAGUUUCUCUACCUUCCUGUGUCCUUUCAAUAAACCGUGAUUUUCACUAAA